UAAAAGUAAAUCACUAAUAAAGUAUGCCGCUGAAUGCCGUAUUUGACUAAUAUUUAGCCACCAGAGGAAAAAGAAGAGGGAGAAAGUUUUGGCAAUGACAUCUAGUGCGCCUAAAAUUAGGCAUGAAAUUGUGUUCCUCGGGUUCGUGGGUCAGCACCGAACAUCUUGCGCACGCUUCUACUUUUUUUUUAUACUAAUUCGUAUCACAAACGUCAGCACCGAACAUCUUGCGCACCGUUAACCUCAUUUUCAAUUUGCCUAGUUUUUUUUUUUUUUUACAAGGUGUCCCCUUUACUUAAACUGCAAUCAUUUGUACCUCUUACCCCGGCAUAUGGCAAGAUAACACACUGUCAGAUCGUAUGAAUGUUUAAGAUCUAAGACCUAAGUUUUUUUUAUUCAACACAUGACUAUUAAUGACUUAGUCACUAAACAAUAGAUGGAAAAAGCAAACAGGUCAACUCUUCAUUCCAUAGUCUACCCUGAUAACGUACUUAGCUUGAAAACUCUCCUUUGACUUUGUCUAAUACACUCCAAGUACCUUAUUAUUUAUUCUUGCACACCUUGUAACAGCGCAUGUAUAAUAACUGUUGCAGAACCCUUAACGAUCACAGUCCCUCUCUCCUCUCUCUCUUUCUGUCCAAUAUGGGCGUUAUUGAUCAAAAGAGCAAGAAAGAAGAUGAACACCCAAUGAUCUCAAAGCCCUCGAGAUUGAUUCUCUUAGUAAAGGGUAAGCAUCUGUUAAGCCCGCUCGUUUUCAUCACUGGUUUCUCAAUUGGUCUCUUUCUUUGUCUGCAACUAAAAUCCUUCCACAUGCCGACGAUGAAGACACAACAACAAUCCUUCUGGUCCACAUUACUAUUCAACCACACAACAACAAUGGAGACCAAACAAGAGCUGCAACUACAAGUACUUCAACACAACAUGACGGAUCAAGAACUCUUUACCAGGGUCUCCUCAUUAUCAUCAUCAAAAUCAUCUUCAUGGUUUGGAUGGAGAUAUAAUAAUGAUGAGAAGAUGGUUGUCAAAGUGGCUUUCAUGUUCUUGACAGGUCGCGGACUCCCAUUGGCUUCUUUAUGGGAUAAGUUCUUUGAAGGACACGAAGGGUAUUAUUCCAUUUAUAUUCAUACUCAUCCAUCUUUUCAAGACCAUUACCCUGAAACAUCCGUCUUCUACUCAAGAAGAAUCCCAAGCCAGGCGGUCUAUUGGGGAACAUCAUCAAUGGUAGACGCAGAGAGAAGACUCUUAGCCAACGCUCUCCUCGACGAAUCAAACCAAAGAUUCGUCCUCUUGUCCGAUUCUUGCAUCCCACUUUACAAUUUCACAACCAUCUAUGACUACUUAACCGGCACUAAUCUCAGCUUCAUCGGCUCAUUCGACGACCCAAGAAAAUCUGGUCGAGGCCGGUACAACCCCCAAAUGCAUCCACAAAUCAAUAUCACACAUUGGCGUAAAGGAUCACAAUGGUUUGAAACCACACGCGAGCUAGCUCUUCAUAUAAUCUCAGACACGGUCUAUUACAAGGUAUUCGACCAGCAUUGCAAACCGCCUUGUUACAUGGACGAACAUUACAUCCCAACUCUCGUUCAUAUGUUGCAUGGAGAGAUGAGCUCAAACCGGUCUUUGACUUGGGUUGAUUGGUCGAAAGCCGGUCCACAUCCUGGACGGUUUAUUUGGCCUGAUAUUACUGAUGAGUUUCUUAACCGUAUCCGGUUUACAGAGGAGUGUGCGUAUUAUGGUCGUGAUGGUGAGAAUGUUACAACUUCUAAAUGUUUUUUGUUUGCGAGGAAAUUCACAAAAGAGACUUUAGAACCUUUGUUAAGAAUCUCUCCUGCAGUUCUUGGCUUUGGUCCGUAAUCACUUCAAUCUUUGUAAUUUUUUUUCAGUUAGUAAAUAUCAGUAUGCUAAUAAAGUGAUAAUAUUUAGAA